AUGCUCUAUACAGUAAUGUGUUUUACAGAAGAUUCUAACGUUCAUAUUAAUCCCUCCAGACCUUCAAAUCAUCCUCGGGUUCGGAAACGUCCAAGAGACACGAAUUGAUAGCCAUCAGUAUUGUCAUCGUUUUCUUCGCUCUAAUUCUUCUUUCUCUCCUCUCCCUUUUCGUCGUCAGAUGCUAUUGUCAAUGGUUGAAUCAGAGAAAGUUGGAUCGUUUUCUGGAUCCGAGCAACAAAGUCCGUUUGGAGGCGUCAGUCUCGGAACUUGAUUCUUUUUGAACUUCGACUUGAGUCAUAAUAAAUGUACCAGACUGAAAAGCAAACGUUUUAGUUUGAUUUGAGACCCAAUCACCUUAAGCGGCAGAUUUUUUGCCCCCAACGCUUCACUUUUUCCGUGGUACUCACCACACUUUCCUAAUCCCAUACCCUCUUUUUUCAUUUCCCACACGUUUCAGUGAUUGAACUCUUCCUAAUUUGUCUUGGAAGUGUAAGUUUUGAUUUCUCUUCUUCUCUCGCAAAAAAGUGAAUUUCGGUUUUCUCUUCAGAAAUAUAAUAAACUCGCAACACUGAAAAUGUUCGGCGAACUUGUCAUGAUAUCCACUCUCUGCAUGCUACUCGGAAUCGGAUGCGGCAAAAAGGUUUGUGAAGUAAACUCCGAUUUCUAUUGGAAAAUUUGCAGAAAAGCGAGGCUGCCAAGCUGAAACCGCGCGAUCUGGACGCGAAAGGAAAGCCGGUGGCUCCCGCGACGCCAGGAGUCAACAAGUCGACGCCGUCGGCCGCAAAGUCCCCAGGUGGGUUACUGUAGGUCAUAUCGAUACUGUCGAACAACUCGGCUGUUCAGCGAUGACUCCUCGUGAGCCGGACGACAACGAAACGAUAAACGACGCGAAGUCGGACUGGGGAGUGAUUCCGCCGUAG